AUGGCAGGUGCCCUUGGUGGCUCCUGCAGAGGAGAGCAGGCUGCUCCCUGGGUGGGCGAGGCUGGGGCGAGUGGUGGAGGGUCCCGGGGCGGGCAGGUGGUCUGCCCACCCACUCGGUGCUGUGCAAGGGGUCCAGUUCCUGCUUCUGCUCCGGGCACCUCGGAGACGGCAGUCUUGGGCACCAGCUGCUCCGUGUUCCCCGAGCUGCCUGCUGGGUCUCCGGCUGUUGACUCUGUGGAACCUUACCUUACACUCUGCUCACUCACACCCUCACAGCCUCCACCGUGUCUGAUCCUUCUCACAUGGUUGUUUAACCCAUAG